UAGAGGUUGCUGGAAAUAAAAGUAGAAGAAACGCAUGAAUUGUGAACUAUUAUUAGAGUGGUUUUUCUGCUUUGUGCUUUGAACCUCUGUAUUCCUGGUGAUUGCCUGGGAAGAUGGCAGUUCCGUUUGUAGAGGAUUGGGAUCUGGUGCAAACACUAGGUGAAGGAGCAUAUGGCGAGGUGCAAUUGGCUGUGAAUCGGAGAACAGAGGAGGCGGUUGCAGUGAAGAAAGUGGACACUGCGCGUGCUCUUGACUGUCCUGAGAACAUCAAGAAGGAAAUUUGCAUCAAUAAGAUGUUGAGCCACUCAAAUAUUGUCCGUUUUUACGGACAUCGUCGUGAAGGCAGCAUCCAGUACUUGUUUCUGGAGUAUUGCAGUGGAGGAGAACUCUUUGAUCGAAUAGAACCUGAUGUGGGUAUGCCUGAAGUGGAUGCUCAUAGAUUUUUCCUGCAGCUGAUAGCAGGAGUGGAAUACCUUCAUAGUAUUGGAAUUACUCAUAGGGACAUCAAGCCAGAAAAUCUGCUGCUCGAUGACCGAGAUAACCUGAAGCUUUCUGAUUUUGGCUUGGCGACUGUAUACAGGCACAAUGGCCGUGAGAGGUUACUGAAUAAGAUGUGUGGCACUCUACCGUAUGUUGCUCCUGAGUUGCUGAGGAGGAAAGAGUUCCGAGCAGAGCCUGUAGAUAUCUGGUCGUGUGGAAUUGUUCUCGUUGCAAUGCUGGCUGGAGAGCUACCCUGGGACCAGCCUGCGGAUAGUUGUCAGGAGUACUGUGAUUGGAAUGAGAAGAAACUAUACCUAACACCAUGGAAAAAGAUUGAUCCUAUUCCACUGAGUCUGCUGAACAAAGUUCUCAUUGAAGGUCCAAAGAACAGAGCCACGAUUUCAGAUAUUAAAAAGGACAGGUGGUUCAUUUACCAAUUUAAAAGGGGUGUGAAGAGAACACGGUUAUCUUCUGGUAGUCCCACUGACUCUCAGGGGCCUUUUACUAAACAAAUUCAUUCUAAUGUGGAUCUAUCUCCUGCCAGUGGUCUGCCCUGGAGUGAGGAUCAAACAAGGUACUCGAGUUCCCAGCCUGAACCUCGGGUUGCUUUGUCAUCGUGGGACUCCAAUCACUCUAGCAUUGAUAAUCUAGUGCAAGGAAUUAGCUUCUCCCAGCCUACCUGCAUAGACCAUAUGCUUGUCAGCAGCCAAUUGCAAAGCACACCUGGUUCAUCACAGAGUUCUUGGCAACGGUUAGUGAAACGAAUGACUCGGUUCUUCACUAAGUUGAAUGCUGAACAAUCCUACCUGGCCCUGAAGGAGGUUUGUGAGAAACUGGGCUACACUUGGAAGAAGAGCUGCAACAACCAGGUGACCAUAUCAACCAUGGACAGAAGGAACAACAAGCUGAUAUUCAAAGUGAAUCUGAUGGAGAUGAAUGAGAAGAUUCUGGUAGAUUUCAGACUGUCCAAGGGAGAUGGUCUCGAAUUCAAAAGGCACUUUGUCGGCAUCAGGCGUAAACUGAGUGACAUCAUCUACUCUCAGAAGAUUCCCCUGCCUGUAACCUGAUCUUUCUUUUGAGCCCCUGUAUUGCAUUGUCUCUCUGCUGGGUCAAGGCUGCUACGAGGAACUGUCUGAGAUUACAACUGGGAUACUUUUUUUUUCACCCAGUUUAUGGACACUGUGAGCUUGUGUAUGUUUUGAGUAUUAAAAGUUACUCCCCCUC